AUGGGCAAACGAGAGCAGAAGAAAGGUCGAAGGAACUUGACUGUAUGUACAUGGAACAUACAAACUUUAGUUGAAAACUUUGAGACAAAAUGGUUUGGGAAAGACGUCUGGCGAGUGGUAGAAGGGUUCACUCUUUUAAACUUCAGUAGACCUCUCCCGGUUAAUGGUGAAGUCGUAGUGCGUAAUGAAGGUGUGGGAAUUAUACUAGAUCCUCAAGCUACAGCAGCUUGGAGGGAUGCGGGAGAGGGCUCCUCCAGGUAUAAAGGUAUAAAGGCUAAGUAUUUUUCAGACUUACAAGACACUGGACCAGAUACCACAAACCACAUCCUUGUGGUUUUGGGUGACUUUAAUGCUAGAGUGGGAGUGUUGGGGCAGAGUGAUGAUUUGUGGCAUAAGGUGAUAGGAAAGCAUGGACUUGAUGAGGGGAACCUGGCAGGGGAGAAUAUUUUGCAGUUCUGCACAGCCAACCAACUAACAGUGAUGAACAACUGGUUCCAAAAGAAGAACAUUUAUUAUGGCACAUGGAUGCACCCAGUAACUAAGAAACAUCACAUGAUUGAUCUCAUUGUCAUGAGGGCAACAGGGAGAGUUUCUUGUAGGGAUUUUAAGGUGAUGAGAGGGGCCAAUUGCUGGACUGACCAUAAGAUGAUCAGAGCUAAAUUCAGAGUACGUUUUCCACGAGUUUGUGCAACAAAGGACAAGAUUGCUUUUGCUGUUCAUGAGCUGUCUUUAAAGGCAAAAAAGGAUGAGUAUAGAGAUAAGUUGGAAGAUAAACUUCGGGUCAACACGCACUCCUUGGAGACAUCCACAGAAGACAAUUGGACAACUGUGAAGUUAUCCACUACAGCAGCAGCGGAGGAAUCUGUGGGUAGAGAAAGAAGGAACCAACCAGAGUGGUUUGAGGAAAACACUGAAGUUUUGACGCCAUUGAUUGUAGCUAAGAAUAAGGCUUAUACUGUAUAUCUCACAAAAAACACCCAAACUAAGAAAAAAGAGUUUAGAAAACAUCAAAGAAUUGUGAAGAAAGCAGUAGAUAAAGCCAAAGAGGAAUAG